AUCCGGAUAGGAAAAUGCAGCUGGAAAACUAAGGUCGUACCCAAGAACCCUUCCACUCCCCUGAAAACUCACCUUUUCCACCGUACCCAAUCCGGAAGAGAGAGGAGCCAUGGCCAUGGAAGCAGCCGUUGCUCUCCCUCUAUUGCUAUUCCUCCUCUUCUCUUGCCAUGUCUCCAAUCCCUCCCUUGCUCAGACUCCGAUCCCACGCAGGCCCGACGGAUUCGUCUACGUGGGCGACCCGCUUGUCACCGAUUCCAUCGAGGUGGACGCCUUCCUGGAUCCCCUGUGCCCUGACAGCAGAGACUCGUGGCUGCCGCUCCAAAAGGCGGUGGAGUUCUACUUCCCUCGCCUUUCCGUCGUCGUCCACCCUUUCCCCCUCCCUUACCACAAUAAUGCUUUUCUUGCCUGUCGUGCACUUCAUAUUGCAAACAAGUUGAAUGAAUCCUCAACAUUUCCCUUGCUGGAGUUAUUCUUUAAGUAUCAGGAAAAGUAUUACAACGAACCAACAGAAAACAUGUCAAGGGCCUCUAUAAUUGAUGAUAUGGCAAAGCUUGCUGUGACUGUUGUUGGAAGCUCCUUGUCUGAAUUUCUAUCAGGCUUUAAAGAUUCAAAGACCGAUACUGCAGCAAGAAUUUCCUUCAAGUAUGGGUGUUCAAGAGGGGUGAGUGGUGCACCCUUCUUCUUCGUUAAUGGAUUCCUCUUACCUAAUGCUGGCUCGCCAAUCGAUUAUUCAGUAUGGAGAAGAAUCAUUGACCCUAUUUUGGGAAUUGAAGUUUUAGACCAUAUGUUCUCUUACCAAUGAUAUAUUUCACCACAAAAAUGUAAAAGGAUCUAGUUUUUUUGUACCAUGACCCAUUAUUUAUUAGUGUGACGCUCAAAUAUAACUUUGUUUAUGUAGGGUUGACAACUUAGAACCCUCGUUUGUGGUAAUGCUGCUGUCACCAAUUACCUUCAGGGAGCAUUUUUAUUUGACUGGAUGCCCUUCAGAUACAUUUCUCUCAAGAAGCUCUUUAUUAAAUAACUUUGACAUA